CCUUGAGUUGAAAUCAUAAUUCAAUAUGGUAUCAGAGCUUAUUGAUCUGUCUCUUCCUUCUCGAUAACACAAAGAAAAAAAUCGGCCCAGCCGAUUCUGUCUCGUCUUCCCCACGCCGCCGAUCUCUACCAAUCGGCCAUGGCUGCCCAGUCUUCUGAUCCCAUGGAUCGUCUGCCUACGGGUUUGAAAUUAUUUGUCCGGAAUCUUCAAUCUCUAACUCCGGUCAAACUUGAUGAUACAAAUUAUCCUUCUUGGUCUGCUACGGUUCGCGCAAAUCUCAUCGCUCAUCGUCUCCUCGGAUAUGUUGAUGGUUCAGAAAUGCCUCCUCCAUCCCUUGUUCUGGACGAGAAAGCCGCCGCCCCUGGCAAGGAUGAACCGCCAGUUAUGAAACCCAAUCCUGCUUAUGACUCAUGGGUUCUUGUUGAUGCUCAAAUCAGGGCCUGUCUUCUUGCUAUUGUUUCUCCAACCGUUCAGACUCAUAUUCAUGCUCUUUCAUCCUCUGCUACAAUCUGGAAUCACCUCGAACAACAGUACAAAUCUCUAUCACGUACUCAUAUUUUUCAAUUGAAGGAGCGCCUACAUAGCAUUCAAAAGGGCACUGAUUCCAUGCAAACAUACCUGGACACUGUUCUCACUAUUGUCUCAUCUCUGAAACUGGCUCAUGAGGACAUCUCUGAACAAGAUAUUAUCAUGUGUGUGCUUCGAGGCCUCCCUACGGACUAUGCCUCGCUCAAACAGAACAUUCGUACUAAUAUUGCAACCGUCACCUUUAAUCAAGUAUCUGCGUGGUUGCUCUCUGAAGAAUUAAAUCUUACUUUUGAGAAGAAACUGCACCUUGGUGACUCUGGUUCUCCCUCGUCAACAGAUCUUCGCCAUGCAUUAUUCACCAAUUCAGGGCGAGGUACUGGCUGGGGUCGUGGUCGUGGGCCAUAUCGUGGCCGUGGUGGGCCCUCCCGCGGCAGCAGCUACAGCGGCAGAGGAGGCCGGUUGCCCUCCUAUCGUGAGGAACCGCGAGGUCGCGGUGGUGGACGUGGGGCAGGCAUCACGUGUCAACUGUGUGGGAAGACCGGUCAUGCGGUCUGGAAUUGUUGGCACCGCUACGAUGAAUCUUACUCUGGUCCUCCACAUGCAUACUACCCCAAUCAAUCUGCUGAAACCAAUUCGAACUGGCAUCUGGAUACUGGAGCGAACACCCAUGUGACGUCUGAUUUUUCUCGGCUGCAUACUUCUUCACUUUAUCAUGGCACCAACUCUAUUACAACUGCGGGAGGUAAUACUUAUCCUAUUGACCAUACAGGCUCAGAUUUUGAUAAUGCCAAACCGCCGCGACAUAUCGAAGCUAAAGUGAGCAAAACUAAGGCGAAGGAACAUGGCAUGAUGACUUAAGAACCAAGAACCCAGAAUCAAGAACGAAGAACUAGAAUUGUAUUGAGUCGGUCUUAAUGUGAUCAAGACCGGCACAAAAUUCCAAAUCUUGGCUCUCUAGGCUUAAUUCAUAAAAAUCUCUUUUACAUAUUCAAAAAUACUUUUCUUAAAAUCCAUGUUUUGGUUUGCCAAAUAUUACCUCGGGUAUUUGUUAGUUUGACUUUUCUGAAUCAAAGUUAUGUUGUACUCCCUCCGUCCCGUGAAACAUGGGAGUUUUGCUUUUUAGGAGGGAUUUAAGGGGUGUAUAUUUUGGUAUUGAAUUUCCAAAAAUGUCCUUUGAUGUGAUGGGUAAAAGUAUGAUUUGAUGGAUAGAUUAUUAGUAAAAAGGUAUGAUGUGAUAGUUAGGGUAUGAAAAAGUAAGGGGUAAAAGUGACUUUCUAAUAGAAAUGAGAAGUGUUUUGUGGGACGGAUAAAAAAAAAAGGAGAAAGGUUUUAUGGGACGGAAGGAGUACUAUAUUUAUACUACAAAAUAAUUUUAUUUGAUAUCA